GCUGCAGGUGUGAGGAACUCAGGAUAAUCAUGCUGGUGAUAUCACUGUUCCUGCUAUCCACAUUCAAAAAUGUGAAAAGCAGUUAUGUGUUCUGCCCAGAUACAAAUGUCCUCAACGCAGAUCAUCUUCUGAUAGAUUGUCUGGGUGAGCGGUUCAACUGGCUUUAUUCAGUGUUUGAUAAUUUGCCAUCUUUGGUGGAGUUUGCUGUGUGGAUGCACUGUGAGACUGGUGUAUGUCCAACUGAUCUUCAAGGCCACAGACACUACUGCAGCUACAUACGCAUCCAGAACAGAACACAUACUCCAGCACCCAGCGAUACACUCGACUGGUGCUGUUUUGACCAUCAUAGAUGCUAUCGCGAACUAGAAGAAAUAUAUUGCAGAAAGACUCCACCAGCACACACCAAUUACACCUGCUCCCAUCUCACCAACAACAGCUGUGAUUCACGUGACAUGUGUGAACGAGGAUUCUGUCUGUGUGACCGAGAAGCCAUAGCCUGCAUUGGCAACAACUCCCACUUUGUCCUUCCAAAUCAGCAUGAGAAAAAGGAUUUCAACAGCCCAGGACUCACAGGUAAAAGAACAAAUGCCACAUGAACCUUUUCCUUGCUCAAGCACAUCUUAUGUGAUCAAAUAUUAUUAUCAAAGUUGUCAUGAGUGUUAUAGGAGUGACACCAGACAAAAAAUGUGCAGGAUAUUAAUAAAUCUCAAACAUUUCCCUAAUAAAGAAAUUAAAGGAGUUAAGGAUGGAGAGAUGGCUUGAGGCAAAAGGGACAGGGAGAGGGUUACGGCGUCAUUUUUGCACAACUGAAUCUCCAUUCUCUUGCUGUUUUCUUAUUUACAAUCGUGAACUCUUUUUCUGACAGGUCUUCCUUAUAACAACAACCUCUUCAGUGAAAUGCUCAACAGAACAGAAUGGAUGGAAGCAUCAACACAGAUUUCAGAUAUGGAUAUAAUGCUUGCAGAACUGGAUAUUACUCUGAAUGGAAGGAACUUCACUGAGGGUAACUAUAUGGGUAACUUCACUGAGGAUUUUUUACUGACAAACAACACUCUGAAGAACCAGAGCCACGGUGCAGGGCACUCUGGGAUACCGCCAACAGGUAAAGGGGGGCCUUUUUAAAAGAAAAAAAAUCUAGGUAUUUAACUGAAGAGAGAAAAGUGAAGUCGAAUUAGGGAAGAUAAUUUAAUAGAGAUGAAAGAUUAAAAAGCAGAUUUAAGAAGAGGAGAAAAAGUGACAUAUUUCAUGCUUUUGUAAUAGUUACACUUUUCAGAAAUGGGACUGAAGAGAAAGAGGAAAACGAUUUGGCCACAACUACCCACAAUGCUACAGGUUGAUCUCUGAAUGGUAAUUAAACUAUAUAUAAACAAAAUGAACACCUAACAGCAGAAACAGUAAGUGCAGUGAAAUCAGAGAUAUACUAGGAAUUAGUUGAACUUAAUUAAUUAAAAAGUGUACAUCACUUCCAUGUGAAUGAACUGAGUUACAUUAACACAGUCUGUUUUCAUAUAUCCAACAUGAUUUGGUAAUGUAUUUUCAAAGGCCCCACAUCGGCGUUUGCUUGAUUUUGCAAUCAUUUUUGUGAUUGCAAAAUCCUGGAGGGACUGACAUUUAUACUGUGAAUUUAUACUAUCACUGUGAACUGAUCACACUCACUGUACAUAAUGCAAACUAGUAAUAAGAAACUCUGACUUUAGUAUAAGCAAUGAGAUGAGAAAUGAAAUAUGUUUAUGUAAAUUAUACAUAACAUGUUCUCUUAAAUCUGACCAACCACAUAUUCCUAUC